CUGACACGUCUUCUCAAUAAGUUAGACACAAUAAUGGCUGGAUUUACAGUCCUGGGGGCCGGCGUGCUUCUGUACCUCAUUGCGCGAACCAUUUACCGACUAUAUUUUCACCCUCUAAGUAAGAUCCCUGGUCCGAAGCUGGCCGCGAUCACCCACGGCUAUGAAUUCUACCACAACAUUCUUAGGGGAGGACUGUUUGUCUGGGAACUGGAGAGACUACAUCAGGUUUAUGGUCCUAUCAUUCGCAUAAAUCCGCGGGAGGUUCAUAUUAAGGACUCGGAGUAUUAUGAUGAGAUAUAUGCCUCGAGCGCUCGUAAACGAGAGAAAGACCCGGUGCUGGUCGCUCAGUUUGGACUACCCGGCUCUGGCUUCGCUAGCAUCGAUCCUGAAACUCACCGUCAACGCCGCGCGCCCACCGAGAAGUUCUUCUCGAAGCGUGCCAUUGAGGGCGUGGAAGGAGUGAUUCAGAAGAGCAUAGAUAAGCUUUUCUACUACCUCCAAGAUGCGAAUCAAACGCACAAAGUAAUAGCUCUGGAUGCCGGAUUUGCAGCACUAACCUCGGAUGUCAUCCAUGAAUACGUGUAUGGCUUCAAUCCUGGAAACCUUGAUAAGGAGGGAUUCAACGCCCAUGUGCGCGACGGUAUCAAUGGACUGUUCCGACUGGCGCACCUGCUUUACUUUCUUCCCGUUCUUCAAACCAUGAUGAAUGCCACGCCGCUGGGAUUGUUGCGCAUUCUGAAUCCUCCCGCCUAUGCCUUGGGUAGCCAGAAAAAGGAACUGUAUGAUCGAGGAGUGGAGGCACUGAAGAAUGCCGAUUCAAUGCCUAACGACGGCACUUUGAUCACGGCCCUCGCGGGGCCAACAAUGCCGGAACACAUGCGGACACCAGAAAGACUUAUGAAUGAAGGCUUUGCUUUUGUAAUUGGAGGAACUGAAACUACCGCGCGGGUACUUUCUCUUGCAUCUUACCAUCUCUUCACCAACGAAAGCAUUCGAAACAAACUUCGACACGAGUUGAAGCAAGUGAUGCCCCAUCCGGAGUCUAAACCAACAUGGAACGACCUGGAAAAAUUGCCGUACUUGUCCGGAGUAAUCAGCGAGGCCCUGCGUCUUUCCACUGGAAUUGCAAACCGAUCUGCCCGUGUGGCGCCUACCGAAGCACUGGUGUACAAGAACCACACCAUACCACCUGGAACCCCUGUUAGCGAAACGAACUGGUUCGUCCUUAUGGAUCCGGAAAUUUUCCCUGACCCCCACGCGUUUGACCCCGAACGAUGGAUGCGUGCAGCUGCGAAGGGAAUGCGCCUGGAUCGCUAUCUGGUGAACUUUUCAAAAGGAAGUCGGAUGUGUGUUGGUUUGAAUCUGGCCUAUGCAGAGCUCUUCCUGGUUAUCGCCAUGAUUGUUCGCCGUUUUGAUAUAGAGAUGUAUGAAACUACGGAGCGCAAUAUUGAAUUUGCUCGUGAUUUCGGUACUCCAUUCCCAGAUAAGGGGAACAUGAGCGUGCGGGCAUUGAUUACUGCAGUUGUCACUGACUAGGAUCAGACGACGGGCGGUUCGAUUGGGGGUAUAACAAGCUUAUAUAUAUAUAGAAUAAGUGUGGAUAAUCAGGGAGAUAU